AUUGAAUCCUUAUGCGUCCCAGCUCAAUCGCAAAGCUCAAAGAAUAGAGUGAUUGAGCUUGAAAGCAACAAUGACUAAUAACAUAUCUCAAGAGUGCGCAGCGGGUGAUAGCCAUACUGAUAAAGAUGAAUAUUAUUCAGAUCAUUCAUCUCAUACAGAAUCCUCUGAUGAGGACUCGUCUGAUGAAAACUCCUCGGACAGUGAGUUUUCUGAGUCUUCUGAAGACCAAUCAUCGAACGUGGACUCGUCUGAUGAAAACUCCUCGGACAGUGAGUUUCCUGAAUCUUCUGAAGACCAAUCAUCAAACGUGGACUCGUCUGAUGAAAACUCCUCGGACAGUGAGUUUCCUGAAUCUUCUGAAGACCAAUCAUCGAACGUGGACUCGUCUGAUGAAAACUCCUCGGACAGUGAGUUUUCUGAGUCUUCCCAGCCCCAGUCAUCCAAUUUGGUAUCAUCUAAUAACGACUCCGAGUAUUCUCUAGUUCAAUCAUCAAGCAAUUUUUCCUCUCACGAGUCAUCAUCCAAUUCAUGCAGUGCUGACAUACAUAAUGACAACACAGAGCCAUCCACUCUACGAUCGAUGGACACUCAUUACAACGAAAGGCAGAAUGUCUCAGAAAAUCAAGCCACUGAACAUGAUGAAAGGCGUUUACUUCGUUUGCCACUUCAAGAGACUGGGCAAGACAAUGGCCCAGAUGAUGAUUUUCUCUUCGACGAAAUUGAUUGGUUGUCUGAUGAUGACGUGACACCUCGUGAAUUGUGACAGUUAAUAUAACAAUUGACUUAUAAGACAUUUAAAAUAGACGUCAAAAGAAACGGAGUAGUAGUUGUUGUGGUUUUGGGCGUGUAGUUUGUUAACAAAAGUAAAACAAUCUGAUGUAGUGUAAUCGUUGUGUAUGACAGGGUUAAGUAGAGUGCAUAAGCACUUGGAGAGAUUAAAUUUCUAUGAGUUGGUGGACGAGACUAUAGGUUGAAUUGGAGGGGCAUUAUAGUUUUCUCUAUGUGUAUGAAGUUUUUGGGGAGACCAUAAAAGCGAGUUAGUUGUGAGCCUCUAAGGAAAAAAAGAUUUGGCUUGAAUAAAUUAAUUUCUUUUUAUUUUUAUAUUUUAUAAUGUCAAAUGUUUGUGGAUGCAUAUUUUCUUAAUGCAAAUUUUGAUAGUAUUUAUCUUAGUUUAUGAAUAUUUUAAUACAUAUUUCAAAUUAGUAUGUGCUAGUCAAUGUGUAAUUCAUUUAAUUCAAAGAAUUUAAUUAAAAAUAUUAACGUGCAUAACGAAUGUUGGUAUGUAGUUAAGCCAACUCAAACUUGUAUUUCAUAUAAAACGAAUUGCAAUCGUUUUCCUGUAAACAAAUAUAAAAUUAGGUACG